AUGGUCGGACCCACUGUGCAAGACGACCUUCUGUCUAUCCUUAUCAGAUUCAGGCAGCACCGAUACAUCAUUUCUUCGGACGUGGAGAAGAUGUACCGUCAGAUAUGGGUGCAUCCUGACGACCGCCACCUCCAAAAAAUUCUUUGGCGCAGCUCGGAGGCCAAGCCACUAUUAGUGCACGAGCUCAAUACUGUGUCCUAUGGGACAGCCAGUGCUCCCUUCCUAGCCACCAGGUGUCUCAAGCAAAUAGGCUUAGAUUGUGAAGAUGAGACAGUCAAAGAAAUCAUCAUUCAUGAUUUUUAUGUAGACGACCUGCUGACAGGAGGAGAUGAGCUUACUGGGGUGGAAGAGAUUCGCCAUAAAGUGACUCAAGCACUUUCUUCCGCAGGAAUGAACCUGCGUAAGUGGAAGUCAAACGAGCCUCGCCUUCUAGGUGAACCCUCUCAAUCCUCCGUGGAUUUGAAUAUGGGAUCAAAUGAGCCCAGCAAAACGUUAGGCUUAGGCUGGCAUCCUGUGUCCGAUGAGCUGUAUUUUCCUAUAGGAAAACUAGUUUCCAAAGGAAAUACCAAACGCGACAUGCUCUCAGUGAUUGCUCAGAUCUUUGAUCCGUUGGGACUUCUGUCUCCAUUCGUAAUCACCAUGAAAAUGCUACUGCAGCGAUUAUGGCUGCAAAAGAUUACAUGGGAAGAAGAACUGUCUCCAGAGAUCACUAAACAAUGGUUAGAACUCUUGGAAGGAUUGCCGGCGCUGAAUGAUGUGAGAGUCCCUCGUCAUGUCAUUUGCAACUCACACGUAGCCUUUGAUCUACACAUCUUCUCAGAUGCAUCUGAACGCGCGUACGGCGCUUGUGUGUACGUACGUAGUGUAGACAAGGAAGGUAAGAAGCACGAUAUUUUGGACCGACUCGACUAUAGUGUUAGGUUGGUUGAAGAUGAUGCCAAGUAG